GAGGGAAGUGGGGAGCGACUUUGAACGUCGACCGGCCUUUCCCUCCUAUUGGGGAUGUUCAACCCGUCAGCUCUAAAAGCAGAUUUGUUGUUGCUACAGAUUCCAACGACACUAAUACAAAAUAUUAGGGGGGUAUUUGUUUUUGUAUCAAACAGACAACCUUGUCACAAAUACCAAGGUACAGUGAAAAGUUGAUUUGCGUACCGUCUGUAUAGUGCUUUGAGGUAAUUCAGUAACAGAAUGCAGAAUAAAGUAUCAAUUACAGAGAAAUAAACACAAAAUGCUGGAGGAACACAGCUUGUCAGGUAGCAUCUAUGGAGGGGAAUAAACAAACGUCGACGUUUCGGGCCGAGAUGGAUCCUCAGGAGUCAGAUUCAGAAAGCGUGCAGAGCAGGCAUACACAGUAAAUCUGAGGAACAGAAUAGAAUCCAAACUCAUCGUGACAGUAGAGGAGGCCAUGGACUGAGUUGUCAGAAUAGAAAUGGGAAGUGGAGCUAAAGUGGGUGACGACUGAGAGAUCCUGUUUUCUCUGGCAGAUGGAGCACUUGGUGAAGCGGUCACCCAGUCUAUGUCAGAUCUCAUCAAAAUACAGGAGGCCGCAGCUGGAGCACCGAACACAGUAAAUGAUCCCAACAAACUCACAGACGUUGCUGAAGAUUUCCAGUGUCUGCAGAUGCUCUUGUGUUUAUGACUUUGAAUACGUGUUCAGCUGGUUAGGCUGCACCAGCGCAGCUGGGAAGAUGAUGAACUAUUCGUCUGGUUGACUCAAACGUGGAUUUCAGCUGAGUAAUCACUGCACAAAUGGGAUUCCCAUUCUAGGAUGUUGCUGGCAUUUCUUUGCGUGUUGUACUCCACUCAUGCUCUUUAUUUGCAAUUAAUCUUUUUUCAUUGUUUGACAUCAAAAACAGAUAACGCUGAAAAAAGACAGCAGGGGAGGUAGAAUAGAUAACUAGAUAAGCUGUUAGGUUUUGCAACUUUAAAACAUUACAUCAAUUAAAAGGAAGACACGGAAUGUCUGUGUUUACUUUCAGCGAGACGCCCACGUAUCACGUGGUGGCGCGAUGACGUAUUCAAUUACGUCUUUAUAGAACCCGUAAUGAAUUAUUUAAACGAAAAUACUGAACUAAACAGUAUAUAUAAAAAAAGAUUAUUCAAAUAUUAAAUACAAUAACAGAAAUGGUUUCACAAACACGAGAAAAUCUGAGGACGAUGGAAAUCCAAAGCAACGCACUCUAAUUGCUGGAAAAACCGGGAGUGUGGAGGUGAUACUGAUGAUAGGUGAAACCGGAAGAGGGGGAGGGCUAAGUAGUUGGUGAAAGAUGAAGGGGUGGAGAAGGGGGAAUCUGAUUGGAAAGCAUAGAAGUCAGAAAAAGGAGGGGCACCAAAGAGAGGUGAUGGGCCGGUAAGGAGAUGAGAGAGUAAAAAGGAAUGGGGAAUGGGUGAAGGAGAGAGUGGGGUAAUUACCGGAAAUUCGAGAAAUCGAUGUUCAAGCCAUCGCGUUGGAAUCUACCCAGACGGAAUAUUGCAUGGACAAAUGCCCAAGACGUGGAGUGGAUCGGAUCCGGAUUUACUGCGAGCCAUGCUGAAUCUCUCCGACUUCCCGGUUUCGGCGCGUGGCCGUGGCAGGGCGGAGUGACGUGUCACGUCAGGCGGGAGCGAGCCGUAGGGGAGGCCGGGAGUUGGGCUGCGGUCGUCCGCCUGCUGUCUGUGGGCAGGGCCGGUCCGGUCCGGCCUUGGGCUACUGUGUUGGGAAGUGUGUGUUUGACCUCCGAGUAAGGUGGUGGGGCCGAUAUUUUUUGGAGGAACCUGCCAUCAACGUCCUGGGAGCGUUGAGGCCGCGAAGGGCAUGUUGUCGACAUGGAGCGAGGAUACCUGGUUCCAGGACACGGAGAGCCCGGAGGCGGAAGAAUGCAGGCAAGAACACUGGAAGCUUUUGGGUGCCUUGAAGACUACUGUGGAGGGGUUGCUGUCAACCAACAAUCCAAAUGUUUGGUCCAAAUAUGGAGGAUUGGAGCGACUCUGCAAGGAAAUGAACAACAUCAUGAGUCAUGGACUUCUAGAAGACAAGCUCAUGGAUUGUAGACUUGUACUGCUUGGCCUUGUUGAAAUAUAUUUACAGCAUAAAGAUUACUGGCCAUUUGUGAAAGAUGUCUGCUGGGUCGGUCCUCAUCUUGCUAAUAAUGAACAGUUGAUGGACACCGAUGAGCAAACUGUCCCAAAGAGUAAUACUCAGAAAGCACAAUGUUGGCUUCACCACAGUCUACAGUUCCAUUGUUUGUCAUCACAGCUAAGAUCUUUGCUCAGCAAUUACAACUAUACAAGGAAGUUUUACAAAGAAACUGCAUUUCUGUUGAGUGAUCCCCACGUGACUGCAAUGUUCCAGUGUCUGGAGGCUGUGGAACAGAAUAAUCCAAAAAUAUUAGCUCAGAUUGACACAUCUGUGUUUGCAAGAAAGUUUGGUUCCUUCUUACCAAUGGUGAAAAACCAAAGUUUAACUGCACUACCUGGUAUCAAGUGUACCUCCCUUGCAGAGGGAAGCCAACAAAGACAUACAACCUCAUAUACCACACUCACCGGUCAUUCUACUUUGAACGUCUCAGAUGCUACACUACAAGGGUUCAAUCAUAUAAAUAACUCCCAGCAAGAAACCAUGAAGAAGACACAUUUGACAUGCUUUCCAGAUUCUGCAGAUAAAUUGCUACCAGAUAAAAACUCUGGCAUCCAGCAGUUCAGUACCAUUCCUUCUGUGGAACCUUUUUCUCCAGUUAGUGAAACAACAGUUAGUACCCCAGUUAGCCAUGGUGAGGACUCAUGGUGUGAAACACAAGACGAGGGAUCAAGUGAAUUUGAUGACGGACCAGAAUAUUUAGCUAUUGGAAACCUGGGACAGAGGGAUCAAAGUUCAAGUCAAUGCAGUGAUACUUCAUCUUCCUAUUCUGGAUGUUCACACAAAAUAGUUCCAGCUGCAGGGCAGGUUAAUAAAAUUGAUGUCAAAUACAGUAUACCUUCACUGAAUAUUCCAAGAAGUUCCAGCUUCUCAGAGAUCAAGCCUCUGGAGCGAAAGGGAAGUUUCAAGAAAAGCCAUAUCCGAUCCCAUUCUGAUACUGGUAUAUCAUCAACAACUGCACCAGAAUCACAUCCAGAGAUUAGACACCAGAAGGAGAAUGGUCCUUUCUCAGCACAGAGCAGUGAAGUUAGCACGCCUAGCUCUCCUUACAUGGAAGCCGAAGGAUCACAGCGCUCAAACAAUUCCGAUGGAAUGUUUCGCCGGCCGUCACAGGGCCAGUCUCUGAUCAGCUAUCUGUCGGAGCAGGAUUUUGGAAGUUGUGCUGACUUGGAAAAGGAGAAUGCACACUUCAGUAUCUCUGAAUCAUUAAUUGCUGCUAUUGAACUGAUGAAAUGCAAUUUAAUGAAUAAACACAUGAUGGAGGAUGAUGAAGAUGACAGUGACAAAGAAAUAAGGGAACUAAAACAGAAGAUUCGAAUUCGACGACAACAAAUCCAAACCAGAAAGCUUUUACCUCGGGUCAGGAAUGCUGAGUCAGACACUUUUACCACCACUGAAAGUGGCUCCCCUUUCAGUUCCCAUGAUUCUGCACCAUUAUCAGAUUCUGGAUCCACCACUGAUGGAGUUGAUGAAUUUGAAUUAAAAGAUUGUAUUGAUGAGUCUAACCUCAUUCAUAUGUCAGCGAAUGGGCUCUCAGCAUCAAUGGCAUCAUUGUUUUCAGAUGCAGAUAUUAGGAGGAGUUUGGCUUCAAGCACCAAGUCAGUAAUAAACUCUGAGUCCAUUUCAUUUUCAUUCCUUCAUUCCAAUUCGGCUGAAGCAGUUGCUAUGGGUCUACUCAAACAGUUUGAGGGAAUGCAACUUCCUGCUGCAUCAGAACUGGACUGGUUAGUUCCUGAGCAUGAUGCUCCUCAGAAGCUUUUGCCAAUUCCAGACUCUUUUCCGGUAUCUCCUGAUGAUGGUGAGCAUGCUGAUAUUUACCAACUACGAAUAAGAGUACGUGGAAACUUGGAGUGGGCACCACCUAGGCCACAAAUAAUCUUUAAUAUUCACCCACCUCCCAAGAGGAAGGUGGUUGUUGCCAAACAAAAUUACCGCUGUGCAGGAUGUGGUAUCAAAGUGGACCCUGAAUAUAUAAAGAGACUACGUUAUUGUGAAUAUCUAGGGAAGUAUUUCUGUCAGUGCUGUCAUGAGAAUGUGCAGUCAUCAGUUCCAAGCCGAAUAUUGCGGAAAUGGGACUUCAGCAAGUAUUAUGUCAGUAACUUUUCUAAGGAUUUGUUGAAUAAAAUCUGGAAUGAUCCACUUUUCAACGUUCAGGACAUUAAUGUUGCUUUAUAUCGCAAGGUGAAGGCCCUCGAUCAAGUUCACAUGUUGAGAGUGCAACUAGUUCACAUGAAGAAUCUAUUGAAAACAUGCAGGCUGGCAAAAGAUCUUCUGGAUAACUUUGACAGAGAACCGGGUCAUCUCACUGAAGAUCUUCAUCUAUAUUCACUAAAUGAUCUCACGGCUAUAAAGAAAGGGGAACUAGCUGGAAGGCUGAAGGACCUUGUGAAGAUAGGCUCAGCCCAUGUGGCCCAGUGUAUGCUUUGUCAGGCUAAAGGCUUCAUCUGUGAAUUCUGUGGUAAUGAUACUGAUAUCAUCUUCCCUUUUGAACUCCACAAAUGUAAAAGGUGUGAAGAAUGUAAAGCAUGUUAUCACAAAUCCUGCUUUAAAUCAGAUCACUGUCCUCGUUGUGACCGACUUCAGGCACGUAAAGAAUUGCUUGCUAGAAAAACCAUAAAAUGUUAUUCAUCAGAGGAUCAAGGAGGAGAAAAUGAGAGUUCACAGUGCAUGGAUUGUGAUUGAGCAAGAAGACAUAAGUUAACAAAAGUACUUGAAUUUUUUUCAAUGAAGCAUGCACUUUUUAAAAAUUUGGGACCGGCCCCAAUGCCCAUACCUAACUCUGCAUACUGAUAAUACAACCUAUUGCCUUCCAUGAGCAAAGCUUAUUUUGGUGAUACUGUCUUUGCUGGUCAGUAAGUUGAUAAUACCUUAUCCAUCCUUGUUAAUUUAACAAUCUGUUUAUUUAAAUGCUUUUAGAAAAUGUGUGAUUGAAUGUCCAAAAACUUUUUGUUUGGUGGGAGGGAAGUGAUUGUUCAGUCUGAGCAGUGUGUGUAUUGUAUAGCACUGAAGCUCCUUGCUGGGUUCUAGGAAGUAGCCGUAUUCAUGUUGGAGGAAUGGUGUUUCAGUCAGUUGAACUAAUUGCACUUGUCAUUCACAUCUUGGACAGUGGAGAAAAGUACUUGUAUAUCUGGUAUUCUAUGUUUAACAAAUAGAUAUCACUGACAUUUUUAUUACUACUUAAUUGAAUUAUCUGGUGGUAUUUUAAGAUCAGAUGCUGUUGGGACAGAUGUGUGUUUUGGAUACAACUGUGAGGACCUUUAUUCAAUACCUUAAGACUUCCAAGAAUGUUUAGAGCUAAAAAUUCAGGUUAGCAAACUUAAUUAUUCGAAUAUGAAAGACUAUUCAGGAAUGUAAAAAAAACCUAGCUUCUGUCUGUUUGUUAUUGAAACACAGCACCUGAAGUAUUUGACUGGAUUGUCAGAAAAACAUUAUGAUUGAAAGAGUUUUACUAAUAUUGUUUUAUUUCUGGGCUAUUUCAUUAUACUGCUGACUUGGAUUAAAUCAAUCUUCUAUGAAUGCAGUAUGACUUAUAGCAAAAGGUUUUUAUUGAGGCACUCCAGUGUACAAAUUGUGAAAUGUAUUGAAUAUCAUCAAAGCUAUUUGGUUAUUUAUUGUUAUUUGAGUUUGAUUAUAACUUAACUGUUUAUAUUUUAUGUGCAAGCCAGUUUGUUCAUUUUAGCUAUAUAUGAAAUGUAUAAUGCUAUAACCUGCAUUCUGAAUAGUUUGGAGAUCAAUUUUAUUAAAAGUGCUGCAUAAAAAAUUAGGUGUAGACCGAAUUGAAUAGUUGAGAGACAUCUUUACACCUCUUGAGAAUUUGUACUCUUAGAUGAAGCCAAUUAAAGUUCAUUUACUAAUGCAGUAUGAUCACUCGUUUGCAAUGCAUAUUUGGAACAGUUAUUGUUUCAUUAGAAUGUCUUCAGAUAAAACUUGAGCCCAUUUCAGGCAGCCACAUGGCUGUAAACAAAAAGGUGAUAGUUUAAUUUGUUCGUCAAAUAAUAAAAUCAAAACAAAAGUAUUAUAUUGUUUGCAACAGUCUGAAAUCAGCCUUUAAUUUAUUUAAAUCCUAAUGUUUAUUUGAUUCUAAUGAUCCAAUCUACUUCUUUCAAAUGGAACUCAGUUCAAUUUAUGUUCAAAAGUAACCUUGUAUAAAAGACAUUGGUAGGUUUUUCAAAUCUUGUAGAUUUAAUUAACUAUCUGUUUGGGGAUUUUUUCCUUUCUUUUUUAUGACUAUUCUCUGUCACAUACAGCAAGUCCUUAAUAUCAUUUUCUCUCAAUUCUUUUUUUCCUGUUUGGGAAAAUAUGACUAGAUUCAUUGCAGUUUGAUUGUACAUUCUUAUAAUUUCAAAGACAAACUACUAUAUGUCUAAAAAGGGAGAUUUGUAAUAGAGAAUCAAAUGCUAAGAUAGACACAUCACCUCUUAUUUCAUGCUAUGUAGGGGACUGAUAUUUGUGAAAGUUUCCAUGCUGUAUGAUUCUGAAAAGAAGAUGGAACUAUUUAUCUAAAUCUGAGAUGGAUUAAGAACAAGAGGCGGAGGCUCUGUCCUUUUGACCCCUUGAGCCCCUCUGCCAUUCAACAAGGUCAUAAUCAAUCUCUUGCCUCAAUACCCAUUUCAUGUCGUAUCUCUUGAUUCCUCUAAAAUCCAGAUCUGUUUAGAACGUAGGCAAUAAAUGAGCCUCCAUAGCCUUCUAGCACUGAUGAUUCCAAAGUGAAGAUUCAAUUGAAAAUUCCAAGUGAAGAAAUUUCUCCUCAUUUCAAUACUAAAAGGUCUAACCAUAUUUCAAGACAGUCCCCAAGUCUAAACCAUGCCAACCAGGGGUAAUAUUCUCCAGUAUCUAACCUAUUGGACAACCUUUAAAGAAAAAUGUGUGUCUCAGUGAAGUCAUAUUUCACGGUAAUCUAUAAAAUUGAUGCUAAGACUACUCAAUUUCUCCCCCAAAUGACCUCCAUCACAGGAACCAGCACAGUGAGCCUUCCCUGCACUUUAUAACUGUUUUUGAAGUAAAGAAAAGAAAGUUAUACAUGACACUCAAAUAAAGACUCGGCAAGACCCUAUGUAAUUAUAGUGAGAAGUACUUUUACUAAAGUUAUUUUGCAGCUAGACCCAUUGAAUCAUUUACUUCCCUAAAUGCUUGCUGCACCUUUAUGUUAGCUUUAUGCAAGGACACACAGCUCCCUUUGAAAGUUACUAUUUCUUAAAUGCUCAGCAUUUCAAUAUGUUUUUUUUCCUACUUAAGUAGAUAACUGCUCAUUUUAUUGCAUGGUACUGCAUCUAGUGACACUGUUGUGCACUUAGAUUGUCUACAUCUUGCUUCCUCAUCUCUAUUCACAUUUCCACUUAGUUUCUUGGUCGUCAGCAAACAUAAAAAUGUUAGAUUUGAUCAUCUGCUGCAAUCUUUAUGCUAUUCUGCUGUUCUGUGCUUAUCGGUGUAUUUAUCUUUUUACUGCUGUAUGUAUUGUUCAGUCUGUGAGCCUCAUAUAAGCAGGGAAUUCCUUUGCACCCUGCGCUAUGCGUGACAAUUAAUCUAAUCACCAAAGGCAUUGAUAAGGAGUGUGAAUAUUUGCAGCCCACACUCAGACACCCACAGUAACACACUAGAUACUGUAUCAUUUUGAGAAAGACUUAUUUAUUCCUUGUCUUUGUUUUCGAUCUGUUAUUCCAACUCUAAAUCCAUCCUGGUAAAUUCAUUCCAUGAAGAACAACUUACCAGGCCUUAUUGAAAGUCUUAUGAAUAUACAUUUACAUCAAUUUCUUGUCUGCAAAUUUACUGUUCUAGAAACCUUAAAGAACUCCUUUAGAUAAGUUGACCAUUAUUCCCUGUCCACAAAUUCAUGUUGACACUAUUCAGUAAAAUUUAAAAAAGUCUUGAUAUUCAAAUCCUUUACAAUGGAAUCCAGCCGUUAUCCACUUGUGAUGCCUGGCAACCAGAUCAGUGGUUUACCCCUUAUGGUCGUGGUCUCAUGUUUGGUAUAUUCCAAAUUGAAGAAACUGUUCUAGGAUCUACUGAAUUUUAGAAGAUAAUAUCCAAUUAAUAAAGUUAAUUUAUUUUAAUUACAGUUGUGAUUUGGAGGUUUUUAAAUUUUGCAUUGAUUAAAAGAUACUCCCUUAAAACUCUGCAGCCAUUAAUUAUAACCUUUGAACAUAGAUAUAAGGAAAUAAUGUACUUAUGGAGCGGCAGGUUCCCACUGUGCUAAUAUCUAAGCUUGGUAGAAUGAUGUGUCUUUUUCUGUUUUUGUAUGCCACCUGCAAUGAACUAUCAUUUGAAGUUGGAGAAAGGUCACAGUUUGUGUUUCUCCUCAUCUGUAAUCAGUCAUCUAAAUACUACAAUUUGAGAACAAUUAGUGGUGAGCUAUCAUGAUAUACAAUCUGAAUAUUUUAAAUUACAGCAUGUAAAAUGUUCUCCUAAGAACGUAGAAAAAUUCAUUGUGUUUCAUAAAUGAUACUUUCUUAAUAGCUCAAUUUCCCUCUUACCUGCCCUUGCCACGCACACACACUUCCGAAAAAGUUAAUCUCCAGUUGAUAAUCCCGCAUUUUGGAUGCAGAAAGGGAAGACAUAGUAGUGUAUUGAACCUGUGAUCAACCAGUUUUCCUCUUGUGGCAUCAGAUUGUCUAUUACAUAAAGGAACCAUAACCUACUUUGUUUUUAUUAAUUAUUUUUCCAGUUUAUCUUUAACUGUGUAUUUAAAAAUGAAUAUAUUAUAAUUGUUUUAAACAGUUUUGUGUAGAUUCCUCUUUGAAUCUGGUCUCUGAAUGUUCUCCUUACCCCUUUUUUUAAAACAAUUGGUACUCCUUUAUUAUUUCAUGAGGAAAUUAUGAAGAAGGAAAAUGACUUCAAAGUGCUUGUUAAAUGGAAACUGCUGGUAGUUUUGGGCAAAUCAUGUGAAUGCGUGCACUAUAACAUUUAGUUUGCUCUUCUUUAUAUAGUGUAAACUCCAGUAAGAGCACAUCUGGAUAACAUAACAAUAGUUGUGAAAGUUUCUCAUUAUGUCUUGUACUUUUGUAUCAUAUAUUGUAAGUAAAGCAUACAAAUCUCACAUAUUUCUAAUUCAUUCUGUGUAAGGGAGUGAGUGGUUUUCAUGUUUUAACUUUUUUAAGAUUGCAAGAAUAAACCACUAAAAAGUUUUGUGUAAUAACUACAGUUCUUAAAGACAGUUCAUCUUCUAAAUAAUUUCAUAUGUUCAUAUACAUAUGAAAUAUUUGCUAGAAAGGAAGUUUUAUUCUUUCAAGCUUAUCAAAGCCACCAAGUGGAUCAGCCAUCUUGACAAGUUAUCCUCAUUUCUUUGUCAGUACCUCUUGUACAGAUCUGCUGUACUAUGACUUAGAAAUAUUGAUAUUGGAAAAUUAAAAGUGUUAAGUUACUUCGAUUGCACUUGUUGCUAGUUAUUAUUUAUACACUGAAUAUGGGCCAGGGUGAUUGAAUAUUGGUUGUAUUUACUUAAGCCAUGUAUUGGGAUGAUUCCAGAGGGAAUAUUGAGGAUAAUACACAUAUAAAUAGAAUAGAAAAAUAUGGAAAUAUUAUUAUCUGUAAUUUCAAUAAAUAGUGCAGAAUUGAAAUUUUAAACAAGUUGUGAAAUACUCUGACUAGCUAGCACUAUGAAGUGGGGUGGGGGGAACUGGGUGGUCUAUAUUUCAGGUAACAGAUUCACUAUUGCAGUGUACAGUCCUUUCAAACUUAAAUUUUAAUACCUUUUUUUAAAGAAUAAGCUGAAUAAGAUGCAGUAAAACAUACUUCCAUUAAUCAGAUAAAUGCAUGGACAUGUAAUAAAAUUCCUAUUGGAUGACAGAUACAACAGAGUUAUAUAACUGAUAUAAUAUCAAUAGGCAUGCUUAUCCAGUUUUUCUGGCUACAUCAAUUAAAAUGAUUUGUAUCAAGUCCAAUCUGAUGAAAAUUUGUCAUGUAGUGAAGUACUCCAGUACAGAAAUCUAAUGUAUUAUUCUCAGUUAAUUUCAUAAAAUAAACAUUAAUGAGUGUUAUAUUUGCUGAUUUAUAAAACCCUUGCAUUUGUAUGGUUUUCUAAUUUUAGUGUUAAUUCUCAAUAUCCUGUAUAUGAAUUGCUAUUGAAGCAUUGGCAUAUGUAAAACUCUAAUGUCAAAAUCUCUAUUUUAAUCCAGACGGGGAUUGUUUGAUUCUUGUAUAUGGUUUGAACUGAAGUUGAACAAAUUUGUAUUGUAAUCCCAUUCUGUAACCCACAAUAAAAAAACAUUCCAAAA